AUGAUAUCACCCAUCGUUGGAGGGCAUAAGUUUGAUAUAAAUGUGAUACCAUAUCAAGCUCAACUUGUAGCGAAUGAAGAAAAUGUUACUUUUUGUGGUGCAUCAAUUAUCAAUGAACGCUGGUUGCUUACAGCAGCUCAUUGUUUAUUUUUGAAUAUUGAAAUUUAUCACGUGCGAACUGGCUCAGAUGCCACGAGAGAAGGUGUACCGAGACGCAUUGAAAGUGCCAUUCCACACCCAGACUACAGCGAAGUCACUUUUGAACAUGACAUUGGUUUGAUCAAAUUGGAAAGGAGUAUUAAAUUCGAUGACAAACAAAGAGAUAUUGCAUUGUCGACUACAGAACCGGAAGCUCACGAUGUUUUGAUAAUAUCCGGAUAUGGCAAACAAUUGCCAAUGUACAAGUUUGAUCGAAGAAGUAUGAGGGCGGCAUUGGUUCCAGUGGUAAACAAAACGGAAUGUCGAAAGCACUACGCUGAAAUUGAUCGUCCGAUUUAUGAUAGUACGUUUUGCGCGGGGGACGGCCAUAGUGACGCUUGCGAGGGCGAUUCGGGUGGUCCAGCUGUGCUGAGUGGUAAACUCGUGGGUAUCGUGUCCUCAGGAGUUGGCUGCUUGAACAACUAUUUUCCCGGCAAGUACACGAGAGUUGAUUUUCACCUGGAAUGGAUCAGAAACGUCACUGGGCUAACAUUUUAG